AUGAAUACAGGAAAUCAAUCACCUAAGAAAGACACAAGAGAGGUUGAACAACUACAACCAAAAAAUGAUGCAGCAGGAAAUGAAUCAACUGAAGAUGAGCCUCCAAAAGAGGCUACAGCAAAGGAUCAGCCUACACAACAAGUGAAGGCUAUAGCAGAGGAUGAGCCUCCAACAGAGGAAGAGCCUCCAAAAGAGGAUGAGCCUCCAGCAGCAGUUGAAGAAACACAUUCAUACAUAAUGCAAAAGAAAAAAAUAAAAGUGUCAACUCAAGGAAUACUAAAAAAACUGACAAAAAACUGGAAAACUGCUCCUGUUAGCAAGGUCAUUGCUGCUAAAAAGGCCCCUGCUACAACUGUUGAUACUGCUGGAAAAGCCACUGCUGCUGAAAUGGCCCCAGCUACAACUACUGAAAAGUCCUCUGCUGCAGAAAAAUCCCAUGCAGCAAGUUCUGCAAAUGCACAACAGAAGGCCCCUGCUGAAAUUAAAAAAAUCCUAUUAGGUGGUGAAGAAAUUGAGAUUGAGGAUGAAACAGAAGAAGAAUUGGAAAGACAAAGACAAGAAGAAUUGCAAAGGGAUGAGGAGUUGACAAGAAUAUUGAGAGAUGUUAAGUUGCCUGGCAUAUCAGCUAUAGCAACAGCUGCUGCAGCAAUUGCUGAAAACCUACCAGCAGCAACAACACCCAAAAAACCUGGGCGUCCAAGGGCUGCAACUGCAGUUACAGAGAAACCUGCUGAGAAAACAGGGCGUACAAGGGCUGCAGUUAUUGGGAAAGCAGGCCAAAAAGGUGGUCAGAAAAGACCUGCUGCAUCAGCCAAAGGUCCUGCAAAAAAAAGAAAAGUCAUAGAUCAAGUGCCUUAUGAUGAACCAUCAGAGGAUGAAGAACAAGAAGAAGUCCCUGCAACAAGUUCUGCUCCUGCAGAAAAGAAAAUUCUUAAAAAAGUAGAACAAAAAGGUAAUGAGGAAAAUGAAGAAGAUGAUAAAAGUAAUAUUGAUAGUGGAUCAAACAGUGAGGAUCCAACUUUUGAUGCUGAAAAAGAAGAAGAUGAAGAAAGUGAGGAGGUGGAAGUAGUUCAAGAAAAGAAAACAACAUUGAAAAAACCAAAAGCUGAAGAAAAAAGAAUGGUUCUGUAUGAGAGGGAACCAAUAAAAAAGAUUGUGAAGAGGAAAACUGAAUUUUCAGUGGCUAAAAAAAAGAAGAGGAGGAAGAAAAGAAUGAAGAGGAAGUUGGAAGUUCGACAAGAGGAGGCCAUGUCAAAUUCAUGCAUUGGGUUAAGAAAAUGA